AUGUUAACGAGUGAGUACAAACGACAUCCACCCUUGACCAACAACCUCACUCAGGUCCAGAAAGCCUGCUGCGUUUGUCAAUCUGGGCGACAAACUGUUCUCAAGGAGUCGAGCCAUCUCACCAUACCUGCAAGCUUCCAAUUCUCGACGGGGGUUCAUGGACUGGAACACGAGAUGACCAAGAUGACAUGGUCGUCUGCUCAAGACCGCAAGAUACCCAUUCAUAGAGUUAGACUCUGGGACUGGCGGCUAAGCGCAAUGAAUCCUGUGUGGCCGUCUCCAUUUUUGCACACCGAAUGUCUAACCCUCUCAACUCGGACAUCUGACACUCUUAAAGAUCCCGCCUUCAAGUUGAACAAAGCACUGCUCACUGUUGCCCCCACCCAGCUCUCCGCUAACAAACACAACAAGUACCGCCGCAUAAGCCGCGGUAGCAGCAAACACCUCUGCUCGUCUCGCGUUGGUACACAGAACGACACUCGACGCGAACGAAAACAUGUACACCGCAAGUAG